UCCACUCAAAGUUAGCGAUUCUCCAUUACAGGUACCGCUGGGCCUUCAUCCCUGAGGCUUCAGACGAUUCAGGGUUGGAGGUGAGACGUCAGGGGACACAUCAAAGGGAGUUCAAGCCCUACGUGGUUCGUUUGGUGAAGCUUUUGAGAAAACGAGCAAAGAAAAACCCAGAGGAGGACUGCUCCACUAAAACCUUACCUUGGGAGCCAGGCCACCUGAUGCUGACCCUCUACGUUAUCCGCAGCAUGGAGCAGCUGCUGCCCUUCUUCAACCUGCUCAGCCAGGUGUUCAACAGCAAGGCCAGCUGCCGAUCAGGCCUCGCCUACUCCCAUAAUCCCGCUGAUUCUUCCUUCCCCGGAAACAAGGAGGGCCACAAACUGGAGAGCCAGAAGGUGUUCUGGAGCCGAGCUCGCCAGAACAUCGAGGAGAUGGUGGAGAAAGACUUUCUAGAGGGCCUCAUCAAGACAUGAGAACCCAGCCGAGGAGGAAGUGGGCAUUAAAACAUAACUGAACACUAGUGACAAACUCUAACUUGUACAUUCAUGAACAUUAUUAUGGGAUGUGAGGGGGGGUUUUACAGUUUUUUAUUUAUGACUCUUGAGCUAUGGUUAUUUAAUUUUAAUUAUUUGUAUGUAUGGAGCAGCUUUUGACAGGUUUUAACAUUUCAUCCGAGUCCUUUAGAAGAAAUAAAAUAUGCUGUGCCAUUCCAUGUGAGGUGACUUAAUAAAACAGGUUUCUAAUAACA